AUGGGCACCAGGGCAGUGGUCAUGCCUCCUCCUGUGUGGGGGCUGCUGGGCUGCUCUUUCCUCUGUGGCUGGGCUCUGGGGGGUCCAAGGCUCCUCCGCUCUCUGCCCGUGCUGUCCUCCCAAGUCAAGCCAGGAUCUGUACCCAUGUGGGUGCCCCCGGAGGGGGCUGAGGCAGCCCUAGCUUUUCUCUACUCUGGAGAUGCCCAACAGCUGUCGGGGGCUAAUUGCAGUGAGCGCUAUGAAGCCCAUGGGGCAGGAGAAAGACCAGGGCUCCCCCCAAUCCUAUGGAGGGCAGCGGGCACCAUUACGCAGGCUGCCAAUUUCCUCAACAUGCUGCUACAAGCCAACGACAUCCGGGAGUCCAGUGUGGAGGAGGAUGUGGAGUGGUACCAGGCACUGGUCCGCAGCGUGGCCGAGGGGGACCCAAGGGCAUACCGGGCUUUGCUGACCUUUAACCCUCCACUGGGGGCCAGCCACCUGCAGCUGGCCCUGCAGGCCACCCGGAUGGGGGAGGAGACCAUCCUUCAGGACUUGUCCGGGAGCAGGGUGCAGAAAGAGAGCCCAACCGGGGCCCUAGACACCCCUGACCUGCAGAAGCGGGUGCUGACCAACGACUUAGGGAGCCUUGGCAGCCCCAAGUGGCCACAGGGGGAUGGAUAUGUGGGGGACUUGCAGCACGUGAGGCUGUCUCCUCCCUUCCUGGAAUGCCAGGAGGGCCGGCUCCGUCCGGGCUGGCUUAUCACACUCUCAGCCGCUUUCUAUGGACUCAAGCCAGACCUCAGCCCGGAGAUCAGGGGGCAGGUGCAGAUGGACGUAGAUCUUCAGAGCGUGGACAUCAAUCAGUGUGCCAGCGGCCCAGGCUGGUACUCUAACACACACCUGUGUGAUCUCAACAGCACCCAGUGUGUCCCCCUGGAGAGUCAGGGCUUUGUCCUUGGCCACUACCUCUGCCGCUGCCGACCAGGCUUCUAUGGGGCAAGCAGCUCCGGGGGCUCAGAGGAGGGUGCUGCCCAGCCUACCGGGCAAUUCGGGUCCCCUCAAGGCAGCUCCGGGAGGCUGCUGCGGUGCCAACCAUGUGCUGAGGGCUGCUCCAGCUGCCUGGAUGCCACGCCGUGCCUGGUGGAGGAAGCCCCCGCGCUGCGGGCAGUGGUGCUGGCCUCUCAGACGUGCUGCAUGCUGGCCGUCUUCCUGAGCAUGCUGGUCUCCUAUCGCUGCCACCAGACCAAGAGGAUGCGGGCAUCUGGAGUGGUACUGCUGGAAACCAUCCUUUUUGGAUCCCUGCUGCUCUACUUCCCUGUCUUUAUCCUGUGCUUCAAGCCCGGUGUAUUCCGCUGCAUCGCCCUCCGCUGGGUCCGGCUGCUGGGUUUUGCCACCGUCUACGGCACUAUUAUACUCAAGCUUUAUAGAGUGCUCCAGCUGUUUCUGUCUCGAACGCCCCAGCGGGGCCCCCACCUGAGCAGCGGGCGGCUGCUGCAGCGUCUGGGGCUGCUUCUGCUGCUGGUGCUGGGCUUCCUGGCUGUGUGGACAGCGGGGAUCCUGGAGCAAGGCAGUCAGCACGCGUCCCUGGUGGCGCGAGGCCACACCCACACAGGCCGUCACUUCUACCUCUGCCACCACGACCGCUGGGACUACAUCAUGGUUGUGGCUGAGAUGCUGCUCCUGUGCUGGGGCAGCUUCCUCUGCUACGCCACCCGGGCUGUUCCCUCAGCCUUGCACAAGCCGCGGUACAUGGGCAUCGCCCUGCACAAUGAGCUGCUGCUUUCUGCUGCCUUUCACGCAGCCAGGUUUGUACUGGUUCCCUCCCUGCACCCAGACUGGACGCUCCUUCUCUUCUUCCUUCACACCCACAGCACAGUCACCGCCACACUGGCUCUGAUCUUCAUCCCUAAGUUCCGGAAGCCGGGGCCUCCUCCCCGAGAGGAGAUCUUGGAUGAGGUGUACGAGGACGAGCUGGACCUGCAGCGCUCAGGCUCCUACCUGAACAGCAGCAUCGCCUCAGCCUGGAGCGAGCACAGCCUGGACCCUGGAGACAUUCGGGACGAGCUGAGGAAGCUCUACGCCCAGCUCGAGGUCCACAAGACCAAGGAAAUGGCCGCUGACAACCCGCACCUGCGCAAAAAGCGAGGCAGCUGGCGCCAGGGCCUGGGCCGCUCCUUCAUGAAGUACCUGGCCGAGUUCCCCGAGGCCCUGACCCGCCAGCACUCCCGGGACUCGGGCUCCCCGGCCCGCGGCAGCCUGCCCGGGGGCUCCUCCCGCCGCCGGCUGCUCAGCGCCAGGCUGCCCAGCGCCAGCCUCCGGGAGCCCGCCGCGCCGCCGGGUCUGCGCAAGUCCCGUAGCACCUGCGAGCAGGACCGCGCUCCCCGCGGGGAGCAGAACCCGCCUCUGCUCGACUCGCUGCUGAGGAGGAAGCUGGCCAGGAAGGGCCCGCGAUCCGAGAGCCGCGAGUCGGCGGCAGGGCCGCCCGCCCUGCUCGAGGCCAGCCAGGCCUACCUGGAGGAGACCUACCAGCGGGCGAGGGAGCGGGAGGAGAGAAGGAAGGCAGAGGCCGCCCUGGCCAGCCCGGCGCGGAGGCCCUCGGCCUGGAGGCUGGAGCGAGCCCGAGCGACUCCCCUGUCGGCCCCACCUUCCCCGGCCAAGAGGAGCAGCGUGGACAGCUCCCACGCCUCCAGAAAGCUGCACGAGGAAGCCGUGAGAAGGCUGCCCCACCCGCCCAUCCAGCACCAGAUCUCCACACCCAUCAUGGCCACGUACGGGGUGGGCCUGGGGGAGCCAGGGAUGCUGUCUCCCACCUCCACCUUAUCUCUGGCUCUGCUGCCAGCUCCCGCCCCUGCCCUGGCAUCCAUCCCAGUACCCCCACAAAGCCCCAGCCUACUCACCUACAUCUGCCCCUGGGAGAAUGCAGAACUGCCAUCGAAGAAAGAAAAUGUGGCUCAGGAAGGCCCCUUGGGGCCAGAGCGAGGCAACCACUCUCCCGCCCCAGGUCGGGCCAGGCUCUGGAGGGCCCUCUCUAUAGCAGUAGAGAGGAGGGGGGCUGGGGAGAAUGGGAUGGACACGGAGGACAGGUGUCUCCAGGGGGAAGCUGAUGAGGAUGAGGACAGGCCCAAGGUCUCUAAAUCUAAAUCCCACAGCCUCAAGACUCCCGUNCAGCAGGGUUCCAUGCGUAGUCUGGGACUGGCUAUCAAAGCUCUGACCCGUUCUCGGAGCACAUACAGAGAGAAGGAGAGCGGGGAAGGAUGUCCUGAGAAGGAAGAGAAGGGCCGAGCUUUGGGAGAGGAUGUGGGGGCAUGUCCCAGAUCUCCCAGGUCAGGCCGCCCCAAGGCAGUGAGUAAGCAGGCCGCGCUUGCCCCCUGUGAUGACGAGGAGUCCCUCCAGAACCAAGAGAACGCUCACACAAGCAGAAUGCUCCAAGUCUGUCACCAGGAGGGCAGUAGGGAACAAGCAGACAGAGGCAGGAGGCCAUCCCAGGGUCUAGGGGAGGGGAAGCUUGCGAGAGCAGGUAAAACAGGGCCUGCCACACUGAGGCAAGUCAGGCAGGGCACAGUUAGGGACAAAAAUGUUAAGCAAGCAAAAGAAGCCCCUGGGGGGUGGCGGGAACUGCCCAAAGCUGGCCUCCAGCCCCUGGGCAGUGCUGACCAGAGGGUGAUAGAUGUAUGCCCCUGGGAAGUCACCGUGUCAGAAACGUGUCAGCCUGACAGUAGCAACAAGGCCGAAAUCUGCCCCUGGGAGGUGAGUGGAGUCCCUGAGGAGGAGGCACUGAGGCAAGAUCUAGAUGCCUCCCAAGAUGAGAGGGGGAAGGCCUCAGAAAAAUCAGAACCCAAAGAUGUGGUUGCCAUCGCUCAGAAAAAGCCAGAGAGACUGGUCAGGGGACAGGAGGCAGUGUGUCCCUGGGAGAGUGCCGAUCCUGGGGGUCUGUCCCCUCGGUCAGCCCCUCAGGACUCUGACAGAACCAAGGGCAGGUCUGAGACAGUGGGCAGUGUGGAGCCUAGAGAGGUAGAGACACGACCGUGGGAAGCCGCUGGCCUGGGAGCUUGUACAUCUGACAUCACCAAGGCAGGGCUCUGUCCCUGGGAGGCAAGUGAAGGAGGAGAGAAUGAGAAACCGUCCCAGGAGGGAGUAAAGAAGCUCCCCCAGGCAAAGCAGAAAACUCCCAAGAAAGCAAUCUUCUUGGAAGAAAAGAAACUGGGUGAAGGGUUGGGAUCUCUUUGUCAGUGGGAGAGGACAGAUUUCCGGGGCCCCUCAGCAGUCUCUACUCAGGCCCCAGGAACCUCCGGGUGCUUGGGGGGUCUGGGCAGUAGCGUCACUGAGGCUAUCGGGAAAGCAGAGAUUUGUGCCUGGGAGCUGGGUGAUGAGGUCGUAGGGAAGGAAAUGAUGAGUCAGAGGACAGGUGGAGAAUCUCUCCAGGAAAAGGGAAAAACCUCCAGAAAAGGGAGCUUUGGAGAGACGUGGGAACAAACUGGGAAAGCAGUGCAGAAAUUUAGUCAACAGCAGGAGUCAGCGUGUCCCUGGGAGAGCACAACCCCUGGGCACUCCAGCCCACAUCUAGAAAACUCCUCAUCCAAAGCUGGUGGCCAACUCCUCAGCAAGGGAGGAAGCAGAGCAGCACAGGUAUGUCCACGGGAAGAUCUCAGGCCAGAGGCAAAGGAAGCAACAGCUGCCAAGGCAGAAAUCUGUCCCUGGGAGGUGAAUGAAAGAACGACAGAGGACUGGAUAUGGGGACAGGCACCAAAAGGAGAAUCUCAAAAGGACAAGGAGAAGAUGCCUGGAACAUCAGGAAUCAAAGAUAGCACAACUUGCGAAAAGCCUGAGGGACAGAUGCAAAAGCAGGAAGCAGUCUGUCCCUGGGAGAGGGUGGACCCUGGCAGCUUCUCUCCACAACCUGGUCCUCGAGACACAGAUAGACCCAAAGCCGCUUUCCAGAUGUCAGGCAGUACGGGAAGCAAAACCGCUGAGAUCUGUCCCUGGGACGCGGAGGAAAUCCUGCCUACUGAGAAGGCAGAGAUCUGUCCCUGGGAGGUGAGUGCUGGAGCAGGGGCGAAAAGGGCUUUGGGAAUUGAGGCCAUUAGGCAAUUUCCAAAUGAUACAGGAAGGGCUUCUGCAGAUUCUGGACCUGAAGAGACAGCUGUUACUGCUCCAAAUAAGCCAGAGAGGCAGGCCUGGGAGCGGGAGGUGGCCUGCCCCUGGGAGAGCUUGGAUCCAGGGGGCUCCUCUCAGCAUUCAGACACUCUGGGCACCGACAGACCAAAAGCUGGGCUCCAGGUAUUGGACCGUGUGGGGUGCAGGCCAGCUGAGGUGUGUCCCUGGGAAGCAGAGGAAGCACCUACCAGUGAAAAAGCCAAGAUCUGUCCCUGGGAGGUAGAUGAAGGAGCCCCCGGGAAGGAAUCCGAACAAGAGAUGGGGACUGAUUCCAUGGGGCAGAGGGAGAAAACUCUAGAAAAGGGGAGGCUCACCUCCCUGGGAGAAGACGUAACAAAAUGGGAGACAAAACUGAGUCAAGAGCAGGAAGCUAUGUGUCCUUGGGAGAAGGACUUGAGGACACCGUCUGCUCAGGCCGAGGUCUCAGACUCGUCCAGCAGCGGGAGCGGCAGAGGGGCAGAGGGGCAGUCCUUGGAAGUGAGUGAUGAAACAGCACAGCAAGGGGACCUGACACAAGACCCAAAGAUGGGCUCCUUCCCAGAACAAGCAGAAAAAGCAGAAGUUACUGCUGAAGAUGGGGAGAAAGCAAGCAAUGAGCUACGACCUAUCUGUCUACAGGAGAGCAUGGCCCCGGCGGGCUCUUUCUCCCACCCAGACAGUCACUGCCCUGCCCAACCUAAAGCCGGUGCUCAGACACUGCUCAGCACUGGGGGCAGGCUUGCUGAGGUCCACCCGUGGGAUGCUCCUGCCAUGGAUGCUCUCAAACCUGACGGCGGCGCCAAAGCUGAGACCUGUCCCUGGGAGGUGACUGAAAGAAUCCCUGAGGAAGGGGUGUCAAGACAGGAUGGAGAAGGGGAGCCUCAAGAGGAGAAGGAGAAAGCCCCAGAAAAACCAGAGCACAAAGUUGUGGCCGUUCAGGCAAACUCAGAGAGUGCAGAUGGGAAACAGGAGGCUGUGUGUCCCCAGGAGAGUCAAGAUUGUGGGGGUCUGUGUCGACAACCAGCCCCACGAGCUUCUGACAGAAGCAAAGAAAGUUCCGAGGCAGCAGGCAGCGUGGGGGCCAGAGUAGCAGAAGUGUGUCCAUGGGAAGCAGAAGAGGCUCCCUCUGAUAAGAAAACAGAAAUCUGCCCUUGGGAGGUGAGUCAAGGAGCAGCAGAGAAAGGGGGACAGGAAAAAGAGUUGGACAGACAAUCUCAAGGGCAAGGAGAGAUGUUCCUGCAAAAGGCAGGAUCUGGAGGGACUGAAGAACACUUUUCAGAAGUAAAAGUCAAGAGAGAGCGAGAGACGGUCUGUCCUUGGGAAGGCACAAGGUCAGAAGGGCUCUCCCCCGAGCCAGAUGCUCCAGACAUGGAUGAACCCAAAGUCAGUCCCCACAGAGCAAGCAGUUUGGGGAGCAGGAUGGAAGAGCUAUGUCAAUGGGAAGUCACAGAUCCAGAAGGAAAUAAAAUAAAGGGGACCACAGCAGAUGUUAUAUGUCUUUGGGAGGUAACUGGAGCCCCAUCUGACGAAUCUGGCCUCCUGGCUUUAACAGAAACUCAGACAGAAAAACUCUGCCCCACAGCCCCUGAGAACCCACCAUGCCUUUUGGUCCACAGACCUCCGGGUGGCUUCCUUCCAGAAGGCAAAAGCCCCUGCCCCAAAGUGAGCAAGCCAGCCAGGACUUUUACUCUGGAAGGUGUCAGAGAACUCCAAGUACCUUCAGAACUCGGGCCGAGGACCAGCUUAGUCCCAGAGCCAACUCUCCAGGAGGCUAAGGCUCAGAAGUCUUCCUCCUUAACCGAAGUCCAAGUAGCUUCUAAAGAUCAACACGAAGAACUCACCCCUCUAACUGUCUGUCCUUGGAACUAG